AGCAGCAGCAGCAGCGGCGGCAGCAGCAGCAGCAGCUCGGACGGGGAAAGAUGGCGUGGCGAGGUGGCCGUAUCGGUGCCACGUCUCGGUUUAAUGGAGAUAUUCGGACAUAUCCCUGCAAAAAGAUAACGACAGCAUCUGUAGUUUGUCUAUGUUUUUGUCUUCUUUUCCCUUCUUCUGCGGAGGCCGGACUAUACACCGCCUCUGACCAGAUCGUCUUGUUAAGUCCGGAAAAUGUGGAGUCGGUUUUGGUGAACUCCACAGCGGCGAUAGUUGUUGAGUUUUACGCCUCAUGGUGUGGACACUGCAUCGCCUUUUCACCGGUUUACAAAAGCCUGGCAAGAGACAUUAAAGAGUGGAAGCCAGCUGUGGAGCUGGCAGCCAUAGACUGUGCUGCAGAGGCCAACAGGAAGGUUUGCACUGGCUUCAGCAUCAGAGGGUAUCCAACUUUAAAGUUCUUCCAUGCUUACUCCAAAGCUGAAUCUACUGGAGAGGCUUUUAAAGGGUUUCCCCGAGAUGUUAGAGGUCUCCGACACACGAUUAUAGAAAAACUGGAAACCCAUGGAGAGCCCUGGCCCCCUGCCUGCCCCCCACUAGAGUCCACCAGCCAACCAGAGAUUGACAGCUUCUUUGAGACCAACAACGUGCAGCACCUGGCCCUGAUCUUUGAGGAGUCUAAAUCCUUCAUCGGCCAAGAGGUUACCCUGGACCUGUUACAGUUUGAGAACAUCACAGUGCGGAGGGUCCUGAGCACUGAGAAAGAGCUGGUGACCAAACUGGGAGUAACCGAGUUCCCAUCCUGCUACCUUUAUUAUCCUGGAGGCAAUUUCACCCAACUCAAAGUUGCCAAUGAGGCCCGUACUUUCUACACUUUCGCCCUCCAGAGGCUGCCGGGGGUGGUGCGGUCAGGAAAGCCUCCACCGGACAACGCACACCUGGUCACCAACAACACAGAAGAACCCUGGAGACCCUUCAACAGCUCCAGGGUGUACAUGGCAGACCUGGAGUCAACACUGCACUACUCCCUGCGUGUGGAGCUGGCUGCGCAGACUGUCAUUAAAGGAGAUGUCCUGAUUGCCCUGAAAAAGUACAUCUCUGUCCUCGCAAAGUAUUUUCCAGGACGUCCUGUGGUGAUGAACCUGUUACAGUCUGUAAACUCUUGGCUACAGAACCAGACUGCAAAUGAGAUUUCCUAUGUGGCGUUUAAAGAGAAACUGGAUGACUCAUCACAGGCUCCAGACGCUGCUUUACCUGAAGGAGUGAGGUGGGUGGGCUGUCAGGGAUCAAAACCCCACCUCAGACGUUACCCUUGUGGGGUGUGGACUCUUUUUCACCUUCUUACUGUCCAGGCCAAGAACGCAGGGGGCUCAGAUGCCAAGGAGGUGCUGAGUGCAAUGAGGGGCUACGUCCACCACUUCUUUGGCUGCAGGCCGUGUGCUGAGCACUUUGAGAACAUGGCGCAGGAGAGUCUGGCAGAGGUGACCACAUUGUCUACGGCGGUCCUGUGGCUGUGGUCCAGACACAAUCGCGUUAACAACAGACUGGCAGGUGAUUUGAGUGAAGACCCUAAUUUCCCAAAGAUCCAGUGGCCAUCACCAGAAAUUUGUCCAGCAUGUCAUACAGUGAAGGACAAUGGGGAGCACAGGUGGAACCAUGAGCAGGUUCUCUCCUUCCUCAUGACCCACUUCUCCUCCAACAACAUCCUGUCAGACUACCUCGAGGAUGAAAGCCAGGUCCUGGCCAAGCAGAGGGCAAAACAUGCCAUUAAGCAGAUACUUGUAGCUUUAGAAGCUCAGAGACAGGUUGAAAGGAAACCCAGAGAGGCCUUGGAUUCUGUGACUCCUCCACCAUCACAACCCACUGAAGAGGAGGAAGAGGAGGACGAAGAGGGGCCGCAGGAUGAAACUGUAACAGAUGAAGAGGAGGAAGGCGCGGAGGGAGCUGCAGCAGCAGAUGAGAUGGUAGGUAAGCCGACUCCUUGGGCCAAAACUGAAAUGGAGGUGAGUCAAGGCAGACGGCAGGCCAACAGGAAGCCGAGCAUUGUGGGAAUGAGGAUGCGAGACCUGCAGGAGGACAUCGUGGAUCUCGACUCAUUUGUUAACCAGCACUACAAGGCCAAAGCGCUGCGGGUGGCUGCUUCCAGCCGGGUCAAACAACGAACCCUGCAGAGGAAGGAGGAGCAAGACCCCGGGCCCGUGUUUGGGCUCGGGAUGGAGUUAGACGCAGGGCUUGGGAUGGUGGGCCUGCAGCGCAUGGAGCCGGACUUUGAGCCGGACGUCAGGCAGCAGAGGAAGCGGCUACAAAAGCGAGAACUGGCAGGCCAGUACUUAAGUGAGGAGGCCGAGUUGAGCCACAGAGGACGCUGGAUGUCUGUGCUGAGCAUUGGAUUCUCUAGAGUGGACAUCAGCCUGUGCGUCAUUCUUUAUUUCCUGUCCUCCAUGUGUCUUCUUGCCAUGUACCUUUUCUUUAAAAACCGUCUAAGGCUACGCAGGGCUAAAGUAGCCUUGCCCUGAACCAAAGUAUAUCCAAAUUUGAGUCACAGCAAUGAUUAACGUUCAUUAGGUUCAUCUAGGCUAAGGUUGGGUUUAAUGUAAGGGGAUGUGUCAAGAUUAGCACUAUCUUAGGUAGUCCACUUAACUGUUACCUACAGCCAGAGUAGGCCGGUUUUCAGCCUGUGGUCACCUAAUGUUUGGUUAUAUGUGGAGAGGAAGUGAAGGGAAAAUUAGCUAAUUACCUUUUUAAAAUCAGGGCAGUUCUGUAACCUUACACUUAAUGCAGCCUCACACUUAAUGCAGCACCUCAACUGUGGAAAUUGUUUAUUUCCAUAAGUGGCUUUUUGUUCGGAGUUUGUGCUUUCUGUUAGAGAGAAUCAAUCCUGCUUUUGAUUCUGUUUGACCACUUACGAUAUGAAGGUUGAAAUUAAAUCCAACAUAAAAUUAUUUUUUUGAUUUUGUAUUAAGUGAAUGGAACUAAUGUUUAUGGGUUAUUUUCUACUACGUGAUUUGUUUUUGUUGCUUUACUAAAGUUAUGGUAAUUUUUGUAAGAAAUGUAUUUCUCUGUUUUGUUUCCGAGUAGGUUGAAGACCUACCUACCUUAGUACUAUGACCAAAAAUAAGUUCCAGUAGAAAUUUUCAAUAUAUUUACACAAACUUUAAAUCAUUUGAACUAAACACUCAAAUAGAUGAUCCUUCUGUAAUUAAAAAAAAAAAAAAAGCUGUGCCUUAAAUUACAGACUAUAUGGACAGGACUGCCCCCCCCCCCAAAAAAAAAAUCAAUCACUUGUGAAGUUUGUCAUUAGUAUGAGUUUCACUAAUAAUCAGGUAGCAAAAAAUACAGUCCAGCCCUUGUGCCUGAAUUCUAUGUGGGUUUUUUACAACCUGUUGUUGUACAGACAGCAGCACAUGAAAUACUGUAACUGGGACCAGCAGGUCCACAGCAACUUUCACCAGUGAAGAACAGCUCAGCCGUUUGUCCUCCAGCUCCUUUGAGGCGGUUUACAUUACACUGAGCAUUAUAUCACAUCUUUGAAUCUUACAUCACACUGCUGAGUCUACAUAACAGCUGCUUAUUACAACUGUGGUUGUUUGUGACGUGUUUGUGAAACGACGCAUAUGUUCACACUGGACAAGGUUUUAGAAUAAGCAGGAUUUGUUUUUGGCCGGUGUCCAUGAUGUAAAGUGUCUGUUCAUCUCAAAAACACUGUUUUUCUGUUUGCUUCUUCGCUUCCGUCUAAAUCAAUAAAAUUAUUUUUGAUAAGGACUUGUUUUUUGUUUUAACUGAGAUCUUUUUUUUUUUUUUAAUUUAGGGAAGUAAGGCAACUUUAGAUGUUUCUGAACCGAUAGCUGGUGAAUGUAUGAGGAAAGGUGAAACUUCAUAUGUGUUGUCUCAGACAUCAAAACGUUAACUGUUCUUUCAGGUUUAUGAAGAAAUUUUUGUUUUUUUGACCAAGACUGCCAACACAUGAGGCAAGGAGAAACGGGGUGUUGCAUGUAGAAAUAGGGGGGUUAAAGCAUCCAAGGUUGAAGGAAAAAGCCUGUUGCCAUCUGCUAUGCAGCGCAAGCUAAAUCCUAACAAUUUCAUUGGGAUUAUAGCAAGUGAGUAAUCCAGCUUUCCUUUAGGACUAGAAGGGAGAGAUUACCCUUGAGGAUUAGCUCCCUGCAGAUAAUAAACUUUAUUAAAACGCAAUCGGCUUUUGUGGGGCUUCUUCCCUCACACACUUGGGAGGUGGGCUUCACUGGGGAUGGUCAGCAGUGGACCCUCAGGCACAGGCAGGGUGCAGCCGAUGAAAGAGGGAACAUGGUGUGAGGGAUAAAUGGAUGGAUGGACCAGGGUUUGAUGUCGUACGGAUUACAACAAGCCCAUCUGAAGGACAACCGAUGCUUGAUCUUGAGCUUUGUGUUUCCUGGAACAUUGGCGCAUGAAUUCCCUUGACUCCUGCCCUUUACCACCCACUGCACCCCCCCCCCCCCCCACACACACACAUAUACACAGGCUAUAUAUAUAUCUAUAUACAUACACACUCUGAUCUAAUCCCAAACCCCACUCUCUUGAUCCAAAACAUGUUUUCAGAAUCAUCAGUAUGACAGGUUUUGAUGGUGAAAUAGUUAAGGCAGUCCAUCCCUCUGAAAACACACACACACACACACAAUAUGCUGAUUAAUAGCCUACAUUAAAGGAGAGGGGCAUCAAGGCUGAGCAGCCAUGGUUAAUCUUAAUGAUUAAACUUAAUCAAACUCUCCGAUGGUUUGAAUUAGACCCCCAAUGACACAUUAUGAUUGCCAGAAUGGAUUGAGAAAAGCACAGUUUGUCACAGUGAAGCCUGUGCAUGUUAUUUAUUUUCCCUUUUCAAACAUUAUCCAAUAUAUCAUCUGACAAAUUUUAAUAUCUGUUGCUAUGUUUUGUUGUUGUUGGGAACAUGUCAAAGGAGGAAUUAUAUCUCUUCAAACUUGUGACUGUUUUGUGUUAUUUGUCUCUAUUGUGGAAUGCACUGCUGUUUUUGUUUGCCUUUUUCUAAUUUGGGGCAAAAUUGGUAAUAAAAACAUUACAUUUU